AAUCUAAGUUGAGGAAGAGUCGGUUUAGCUGAAACUGGUUUAUUGAAUCGUCGGUCUCGAUCAAAUAAAAUCCCUUUUGUUUUCAUCGUCAAGUUUCGAGGUUUUCGAUAUCUUCUUGGCAAAUACAGUAGUAUCUCCAGUACGGUGAAAGAAAACAAAAUGGCUGAUCAAGAUUUUAUAUACAGAAUCAGUACGGAUCAAGAGUGGCAAGAGUUUCAGAAGAAGGGAUCUUCUUUUGGUGGAGAGCUCGAUAAGUCAACUGGUUGUUUUCAUCUCAGCAAACUCGAGCAGGUGCAAAUGACAUUGCAGAACUUCUUCUUGAAUGCCAAGGAGGAUCUUUACCUUCUUCAAAUCGACCCUAACAAGCUUGGAGAUGGAUUGAUCUAUGAAGCAGUGGAUGAAGUGAACAGCUUCCCUCACUUCUACGGUCCAGACAGAACAUUCAUUCCACUUCCUCUAGAUUCUGUCGUCAAAGCUGAGAAGCUAACAUUCACAAAUGGCAAAUUCACCUGCAGCUUCUUCACUGGAUGAAUCCCUUAUAUAUAUAUAAUUAGUUCACUGUUUUUAUGUAUUGCAUUGUAACAAUUUAAAAAUUCACCAAACAAAAAAAACAGAGAAUUGUUAUUAUUAUUACAAUGCGAGAUUAAGAUCUAAAA